AUGGCGUGCAUCACCUUCAAGAUCAAGGUCAACUCUGGGGAGAGGAGAACGGUGAAUGUGGGAGUGGCACACAGUGAAGGAAACCCCAGCACUCAAGUGAUGAAUAGCCAGGGCAUCUGGCUGGCCUAUACCAUCUUGGUAGGACUCCUGCAUGUGGUUCUACUCAGCAUCCCCUUCUUCAGCAUUCCUGUUGUCUGGACCCUGACCAACAUCAUCCAUAACUUGGCUACAUGUAUUUUCUUACACACAGUGAAAAGGACACACUUUGAUUCCUGACAGAGGAAAGGCUUACCACUGACACAUUGGGAACAGAUGGACUAUGGGCUCCAAUUUAUCUUUUCCCACAAAUCCCUCAGCAUCUCUCCAAAUGUCCUCUACCUCCUGGCAAGCUUCUAUAGCAAGUAUGAUGCUGCUCACUUCCUCACCAACACAGCCUCAUGGCUCAGCAUACUACCACCUAAGUUGCCCCAAUUCCAAAGGGAUCAUAUCUUUGGCAUCAACAAAUACUGA